ACAUUCCCUUGGAGCAGAAAGAACACACUGGCCCUAGAGUUGCUGUCCUUCCAAGAUGCAGAUUUGUGCUCUUGUCUUGGCUUGUCUCACUGCCUGCACAGCUUGGGCAUCUUCACCACCUGUGGUGGACACCGUGUAUGGCAAAAUCCUGGGGAAAUAUGUCAGCCUAGAAGGAUUUGCACAGCCUGUCUCUGUAUUCCUGGGAGUCCCUUUUGCGAAGCCCCCUCUGGGAUCCCUGAGAUUUGUGCCUCCACAACCUCCAGAACCAUGGAAGUAUGUGAAGAAUACCACCUCUUACCCUCCCAUGUGCUCUCAAGAUCCAGAAGCGAGCCAGUUUAUCUCUGAUUUCUAUACCAAUAGGAAGGAAAGCAUUUCUCUGAAGCAUUCUGAAGAUUGUCUGUAUUUAAAUAUUUACACUCCUGUGGAUGUGAGGAAGAAAAGCAGUCUGCCGGUGAUGGUGUGGAUCCAUGGAGGUGGUAAUGUGGUGGGUGCAGCAUCAACUUAUGAUGGACUGGCUCUUUCUGCCCAUGAAAAUGUGGUAGUGGUGACCAUUCAGUUUCGCCUGGGCAUCUGGGGAUUCUUCAGCACAGGGGAUGAACACAGCCGGGGGAACUGGGGUCAUUUGGACCAGGUGGCUGCACUGCGCUGGAUCCAGGACAACAUUGCCAACUUUGGAGGAAACCCAGGCUCUGUGACCAUCUUUGGAGAGUCAUCAGGUGGUCAGGAUGUCUCUGUUCUUGUAUUAUCCCCCUUGGCCAAGAACCUCUUCCACAGAGCCAUUUCUCAGAGUGGUGUGGUCUUCACUGCUAGCCUGUUCAACAAGGAUGUCAAGCCUAUAGCUAAGAAAAUUGCUGUUACUGCUGGGUGCAAAACCACCACAUCGGCUGUCAUGGUUCACUGCCUGCGCCAGAAGACAGAGGAUGAGCUCUUGGAGGUGGAAAAGAAAAUGAAACUUCUGGGUGUGGAUUUAUUUGGAGACCCAAAUGAGCACUGUCCCUUCAUUCCCACUGUGGUGGAUGGAGUGCUGUUGCCCAAGACACCUGAAGAGAUUCUGGCAGAAAAGCACGUCAACCCUGUCCCCUAUAUGAUAGGAAUCAACAAGCAAGAGUUUGGCUGGAUCAUUACAAUGUUUAUGGGAAAUCCAAUUCCUGAAGGCAAACUGGACCAGAAAACGGCCACAUCACUAUUAUGGAAAUUCUAUCACUUUGCUCACAUUCCUGAGGAACUGACACCAGUGGCUACUGAGAAAUAUUUAGGAGGAACAGAGGACCUUGUCAAAAAGAGAGAGCUGUUCCUGGACUUAUUGGCAGACUUUAUAUUUGGUGUUCCAUCCGUGACUGUAGCCCGUGGUCACAGAGAUGCCGGAGCCCCCACUUACAUGUAUGAGUUCCAGUAUCGCCCAAGUUUCUCAUCAGAUUUGAGACCCAAGACAGUGAUAGGAGACCAUGGGGAUGAGAUCUUCUCAGUACUUGGGGCUCCAUUUUUAAAAGAUGGUGCCUCAGCAGAAGAGAUUGGCCUUAGCAAAAUGAUGAUGAAAUUCUGGGCCAACUUUGCUCGGAAUGGGAACCCCAAUGGCGAGGGGCUGCCCCACUGGCCAGAGUAUGACCAGAAGGAGGGAUACCUGAAGAUUGGCUCCACCACUCAGCCUGCACAGAGACUGAAAGAAAAAGAAGUAGCUUUCUACAAUGAGGUUCUAGCCAAGGAGCUACUGGAGAAGUCACACCAGAAAGAACACAUAGAGCUCUGAAUAGAAGGCCUAACAGGCAUUGGGAACCUGCAUCAGUCAACACAGGUGUAUUUAAAGAAGGCAUUUGUUGGUUCAAGCUAUAUUUCAUUGUAGAUCAUAAAAAAUUGUUUGUUGGGGGUUGGCAGAAUCCAGGGAUGGGGAAUGUCUGUACUGUGGCCUGAACUUGAAAUUAAAAGUUAUUUUUCAAACAAGA